AUGGGUGUAGUUCGAGACAAGGGUCAAGAACAUGCAGUGACAAUCAUAGCAGAAGGACACAAACAACAAAUGAAUAAACGAGCAGCAUAUUUUGAAAAUGUAUUAAUGACAAGUGAAGAAGUGACUGCUGAAGAAGACGAAGAAAAUCUAGAAAACCCAUUAAAACAAAAAAUUGAACAACAAGAAUAUCAAGAAACUGAGCGAGAGCAAAUGGAAGUAGAUGAUUUUGAAGAAGUUGACGAUGAUACUGCAAGUGAAGGAGAGGAACAGUCAGUCGAACAAGUGAGGGGUCCAAGUGAUGGAUUAGAAACUCCACCACCAUCGAUACCUCCUCCUAUUCGAAUAACUCCUGCUCCAACUCCACUUAUUCAAAUUCCACCUCGACAACAACAUGCUACAGUUUCAUCGUCUAUUGGUUCUUCAUCUGAUACUUCAAACAAUUCCUCUUCAGAUUCAACAAGUACCACUGAUCCUCGCAAACGAAAACGAGCAAAUCAUUCGCAUCAAAAUCACAGUCACCGUCAAAAAAGAAAAAAUCAUCAAAUAUACCAAUUGUACUAUGGAAAAAAUUUAUUUGAUAUACAUGGUACAACUCCCAUAGAAUUUAGUCGUAAUAUAUUAAGACAAAUAUUCAUUCAAGAAGAACUCAAGACAAGACGAUUACCAGGUAAUCGAAAACUGAAGAAAUUAAACAAUGGUGAACUAGUCGAUCGUCAGCUGAACGAAGAAAAAAUUAAACUAUUAAAACCAUUACAGCGUCUUUUACAGUUAGCGGCUGAAGGAAAAUAG